AUGGUUGUCCUUUUGCAGGUAUUCCCAGAUGUCACUAUCCUGUUCAGUGAUGUGGUUGGUUUUACUCGGAUUUGCAGUCACAUCACGCCAAUGCAAGUGGUUUCUAUGUUGAACACGAUGUAUACACUGUUUGACACCCUGAGUGAGAAGCACAGAGUCUUCAAGGUUGAGACGAUCGGAGAUGCAUACAUGGUUGUUGCAGGAGUCCCAGAAAAAACUAAAUAUCAUGCCCACAACAUCUGUGACAUGGCUCUAGACAUGGUUCGGUCAAUAGAUCACCUCAAAGAUCCAUCCACUGGGAAUAACAUCCAAAUCCGUGUUGGUAUCCACUCUGGGAUGGUAGUAGCAGGGGUGGUGGGUCACAGGAUGCCACGGUUUGGACUGUAUGGAGACACUGUCCACACUGCAUCAGCCAUGGAAAGUAAUGGCAAGAUUGGAAUGGUGCUGGAAAAGCACAGGUUGGGAGUGCUGUAG